UCUUCCUUGUUAAUCCACUCACUUGUUUAUCUGAUUGUCUCACUUUUUCCUCUCUCUCCCUCUGUUUCAAGUAUUAAUGAUGAUUACUCCGGGCAAAUCAGUUCGCAUUUGUUAAUUUAAUUGUAACUUAGCUCAAAAUGUCCACCAUAUCAAGUCCAAUAUCAUCUUUACCUUACAUUUUAACUCGUCUUUUGUUCUCCUUAUAUCUUCUGACUUUAUUUACCGGUUACUCAUCUGGAGCCAUAAACUUACCAGACAAUUUUCAGAUUAACAAAACAACUCAACAUGUCAACAGACAACAAGCCAUCCUCGUUAAAUCUGGAUUUAGCAAAUUAUUGUUUGAUUAUAUUGACGAGAAUGUUAACCAAUUGGAACAACAUGGUGUAACCAGCCAAUGUGUCAACAGUUUAAAGCAUUUCAAUGCUUCUCUAAAAAAUGGCGAUCCAUGGGCUCUCAAAAUGUUGGAUGCCUCAGGUCGUAUGCCUUCAGAUAUUACUGGAAAUGGCUACCUCGAUUUGGGAAGCUUUGAAAACUGUUUACAGCUAUCUUGGCUCAAUAGUUCUGGUUCCACAGAAACCGGACAACAUUGUUUAACUUCAGUUCUUCCCGUGGUUUCCGAGCCUGGGACAGCUAUUGAUUUAUUUGUGUCUAGUAAAGUUAUUUCAGACUAUGAUACAUCUUUCUCGUUGAGAAUUGGAUUUUGCAUUCCCUCCGGCUGCCAAAAAAAUGAUUUACAUAUAAUCGCUAAUAAAGCCUUGGAACCAUUCUCAUGGACCGUGCCAAGGGUUGAUUCCUGUCAGAUUAGGAUAUCUUUUACUGAUAAGCUUAUUAAAGCUUCAAGUUUACAAAAAUUUAGCUUGGCAUUCUUUGCGACUUUUAUUUUACUCGUCAUUUGUGCGACUUGGAAAGAUGUUACAUCAAAACAAAAUACGAGUGGAAGUCCUAAACAGUUUGCUGAUAAACAUUGGGUUCGAAGUUUUUCUCUGCGAACUAAUUGGAAAAGUAUGGUUGAACCAGAUGAAGAGAUGAGUAAAUCUCCAACAAUAACUAGAUGUGGAUUAACCCAGCAUGUUAUAGUUUUACAUUUUCAUGCUCUUAUUUGGCCGGUAAUAUCCGGAGCAAUUGUAAUUUAUGCAGUUGGUGAUCCUUUGGUGAUAUACAAGGAUAGUCAGAUUUUGAAGUAUAUGGUCGCAGAAUGGUUCAUGGAGGGACUUUUUGCUUAUGCUGGACUCUGCAAAUCAUGUGAAUUUUGGCGCAAAACUAAUUCAAAAACUUCAAUCUGGCAGAUAAUCAACACAAUUGUCGUAAAGAUGCUAAAAUUGACUUGCCUAUUUGCAAUAAUGAUUGGCGUGGAAAUGAUUGUGCCAUUAUUUGCCUCUGGACCAUUAAAUCCUUUAAUUGCCGAAAAAAAUGCUGAAAUUUGUUCCAAAACUUAUACAGCAAAUAUCUUCUUCUAUCAAAAUUACAUUGGUUCACUGGAUAAAGUUUGUAUCGCUCAUUCAUGGUCAUUGGCAGCUGAGUAUCAAAUGGUUUUCUUCUUGGCUGGUCUCAUUAUACUGUAUAAACGAUAUCCCAAAGUGGCUUUGAGUUUGAAUGCCGUCGGAGUUAUCGGUGGAUUAAUCAAUGUUGGUCGAGUAUAUUAUCAAUAUGAUAUACCCGUUCACCCAAUCUCUAGAGGCUUCGAUCCAGGCCUUUUAUCAAAAUGGAUUGAAUCAGUCUAUCUCCCAUCAUCAAUGAAGUUUUGGUUGUACAUCACCCCAGCAUGUUACAUAUACAUAAUCAUGACAGGAAUCCAAGCGAAAUAUAUAACGGAGAACCGAAAUAAAUUCAAGCUUGGAAUGUAUUAUUUAGCACCAUUUAUUAUGUUGUUACCGUUUAUACGAGGUUCAUUGUCCAUCCCUGAAACUCCAAUGUUCAAUGCCGGCUACAUUUUAAUCUAUCGUAUCUUUACCGGAAUAUUUUAUGCAUGUUUAAUAUUUCACAAUGCUGAUGAGUUCAGAGAGUAUUUUUCGUAUAAACCAAAGGAUUCUAAGGCCUGUGAAAAUAAUAACAAUAACAACUCGUUGGCUUCGAAUGGCAAUCAUGGAAAAAUAAUCGAUGACUCAGUGAACCAAACUGAACUGGAACCGAAGUUGAAUAAAACAUUGAAAUACAUCUCUGGAAAAACUGAGUAUAAGAUUUUACACAUUUUAACUGUUGUAUUCAGAUCAACGUAUUGUGUCCAUGUUCCUGUCUUGCUUUGGUAUUAUAGUCAACACAGAUAUCCAGUUUUAACAAUUUCGGAAUGGGCUUUUCACACAUUUUCAUCCGUUUUCCUUUCAAUUGCUGCUGGAAUUGUUUUUCAUCUAUUCAUUUUGGGUCCAUACGGUAACUUAACUGAAGCAAUUAAAUCAAAGGAUAAACAAAGCGAAUCAUCUCAUCUUAAAGACGAGUAAAUUGCUAUUUGAAAUGUAAUAUGACGCUCUUCGAUUUAUUACAAUUUCAAUUUCUAGCAUUUUUUAAGCACAAAUCUACCCAUUUUGUGGAUUACUUUGUGUAUGCCUGUACAUUUGACAAAAAUGAAUAACUCUCUAAAACAGAAACUGUAACUCUGUAAGUUUUACUUUGAUAUUCAUUCAAUUAGACUAAAAUUUAAUUUAAUAAACUGAAUUUUCCUAAUUUUGUA